CCCCCGCGCAUGCGCAGUUGCCGCCAUGGCGCCGCUCCCAGUCCAUGUCCUUUACUGCGGAGCCUGAGGCUACAAACCCAAGUUUGAGAAGCUGAAGCAGGAGCUGGAGCGGCGCUUCCCGGGAGCCCUGGCCGUGAGCGGCCAGGGCACCCCGGAGGUGACGGGAUGGUUUGAGGUGACCGUGGGGGGGCGCCUGGUCCACUCCAAAAAGAACGGCGAUGGCUUCGUGGACAGCGACCCCAAACUGCGCCGGGUCGUGGCCGCCAUCGAGUCCUGCCUGGCCUAGGCCCCGCUAGGGGGGCGCUGUCGCGACAUGUCGCGACAUGGCGGCGGAUACCGGCGGAUAUAUCGCGAUAUAUCGGGAGAUAUC